UUUGUUUGGUUAUGUUUUCAGUGUCAUUGAAUGGUUCGAUUAUAGUUUAUUUUUAUGGGAUAAUUUGUGUAUUGUGUAAAUAAUCUGUGAUUUCAAACUCUAUAUAAUAAUUAGUGUUUAACUGCAGAGAACAAUCAAAGAUGAAUUACAAUUACAAGAAGUGUUUUGUACCUUCUUGCCAGAACACUACAUUAAAUUCCAAGAAAAUAUUUCUAUCUGUGCCAAAAAUUGAAGAUAUUAGGAAAGCCUGGAGUGUCGCUGUUGGUCGAAGGAAAGUUCCAUCAACAUCUUCCACAGGCAUAUAUUGUUGUGAAGAUCACUUUAUUGUAAGUGCUUAGAAUUAUAUUUUCUUCAUUUUUAUUUACUGAUUUAAUUAGAUGUUGUAAAUGCUGUGCACUCAUGUCUUGGAGAACAUUGUACUAGAUUUAAUUAAAUAUAUGUAUUUUCUUAAUUUACCGAUGGAACAAGACUGUGAAAACUGGAUGGCAUACAAAUUGUUUCACACCCAGUUGAAAGUUCAGUCCAUCAUCGACUGCCUGGAAAUAGAAAUAGAACAAUCUUCUAAUGCUCCCCAUCAAGCACUGACAUGGUCAAACUACAAAAAGACUAACACAUUAAAAUAUCUAAUAUCAUCGACCCCAGAUGGUAUAAUAAACUUUAUAUCUGAAGGUUUUGGUGGAAGAAUUACUGACAAAGAAAUUAUCGAGGCAAGUGAUUUUCUAAAUGCUCUACCUCCCUGUGACGUUAUGGCCGAUAGAGGUUUUAAAGCUAUCGCUGGCUUAUCAAAACAGAAAAAUUGUAAUUUAGUACGUCCUUCCAGUGUUGAAAGUGGAACAAAGAGCACAAAGGAAGAAGUUAAAGGAAGCAAACAUAUAGCCAGUUUGCGCAUUCAUAUUGAACGAGUAAUUAGAUUUCGAGAAUUUACCAUACUCGAUAAACAUGCUUGCCUUAACCAUGAACUUGUACCAAAAUUAGAUUUCUUUAUUAUAGUUGCAUGUGGAAUAGUAAAUUUACAAGGCCCCUUAAUUAUUCAUUAAUUGAUACUGUACUUUCAUAUAUUGUAAAAAUACUAUAUAGGGUGUAACAUUGUUUAUUUUUAUUCUUGUAUCAUAGGUUUUUUAUUAUUAAUUCAGUACCCUGUCAAUAACAAAAGAUUAAUAGCGAAUGUUUAUGUAACAAAAUAUUCUUACAUUUGAGUGAAGUAUUUCUUCAUUUUCAAUUAAGUUAUAUGAUACUGUUAUUGUUAACUACUGUUUGUUCUUGUUUAAAAUGUUUUAUAUACAAUAUAAAUUACUUGCAUUGAAUGUUUUUUUAUACAUCACAUUUAA